AUUUCUGAAUAUUUAAUAUACGUACAUAUGUGUGUACAAUUAAGUUUUCCAAUUCAGUGUGAUCUAAUUGACUCAUCUCUCCUUUAGAUAAUUGCACACCUUCCCAACCGACUACUGCCCACGAAAAUACAUAUACAUACAUACAUUUUAAAAAACAAUUUCUAGGUUAAAGUGACCAUGGCCGACUCGGAAUCCACAGUGACCGUUGAGCUGACCCUCGGGGACAAAAUUGUCGUGACAAAGACAGCAGAAGGAAAAAUUCAAUGUCCCCUUUGCAGCGAACCCUUCAUUUCCAUCGCUUACUUUAAAGUCCACCACUCUCAGAAGCACACAAGCAAAGAGUUAAUCUGCAAAUUCUGCGGUCUCCAGAGCUUUCCUAAUCAGACGUCCUUCGAUGACCAUAAUAAAUCCUACCACUCUGAAACGGAUCCCCUAAAAUGUGUGAAAUGUGGAAGGAUUUCCAAGGACAAAAAAGCCUUUUGGCGACACAUUCGGGAAACCCAUCGUUCAAAAAAAUUUCCCUGCGCCGAGUGCGGAUUUGAGUUUACGAGGCCAGAAAAUCUAAAGGCGCAUCUUGAACAAAAACACUCCUCCAAACCUCUCCCCACCUUUGAUUGCAAAGAGUGUGGAAGAAAAUUCAAGGUGAAAACAACUUUAACGCAACACAUCUUAUCCAACCACCGAGAAUAUGCAAAACGAAAGUGUCCCAUCUGCGGAAAAGAAUUUGGUCGCGAAAGGCUGUUAAAAAUGCAUGUGAACAGCGUGCACGACAAAGUUCGGAAGUUUGAAUGCACCCUCUGCGACGUCAAGUUCUCUACGUCAGGCCACCUUUGUCGUCACAGGAAGUCAUUGACCCACAAGAUGAGGGAGGAAAGCGGGGAGAAAAAUGUGUCCUCACCCAUGCAAAAAACAAUCAAAGCUAAUGACAAUCGAGGUAGAAAAAGGAAAGUGCUGGAGAGUGAGGAGAGUAGUGAAGAAUCUGAGAUUAAAUCAGACCCACCUGACCAGUCAAAUUCCCUCCCAGAGAUAAGCACACGACCACAACGCCAAUGCAAAACUAAAGCUAAGGAACAAAUAUUAAAAACUGCUGAGAUUCAAAAAGAUGAUGACCACACUAGAUGGAAACUUGGUCCUCAACAAAAGCGAAGAAAAAAUACAUACGAAACAACAACGACGACACCAGUAGAAGAAUCCACCGAUAUUAUUAUGAUUGAUUCACAACUUGAACCACAUCCACGUCAAGAGUUAGAUGAUACUAGCUCAGAACCCACCACUGACAACGUGACGAUCUGCACGUCCACCAUCAAAGUGGAGGAACCAUUCCUCCAAAUUCUUGAAUUCCAAGAUGAUAACUGGGAAAAUGUUCCUCAAAUCACACAAGUAACUAGCUUAUCACAAGACGUCAAAAUCAAGCCAGAACCAUUAUCACCCUCUCCCACCCCGCAAAAAUGUUCACCUCGCCAAAAAUAUUUUUGUGCCUACUGCGACAAAGGAUUCAGAACCUUGGAAACCUGCGAAGCUCACGAACCCGACUGCGGAAAGUAUUCCAAAUCCAGGAAAACUUAUAAAUGCGAUGAAUGCGGAUUGGAACGAGGUUCUCGUCGAGCCUUAAAUCUGCACAAAAUCGUCCACGUGGACGAUCGCCCAUUCUCCUGUGACCUCUGCCCCCAACCAAACCCCACUUUUAAGAGAUUCUCAUCCCUUAAACAACACCAGGACAAGGCCCACUUUGGAAAGAUGUCGGCAUGGGAUAAAUACAAACUUACAGACCGCUCCGUCGAGUGACAUAUGUCGAAAAGUUCUCGCCAGCCAGAAAUCACUUAAUCGACACAUGGUGGAAAUUCAUCCGGCGGAUGGAGUUUUUAAACCACAUCAAUGUAAAUUCUGCCUGAUGCGGUUUAAGAGGAAGAGAGCCAUGGAGGAUCACAUCGCCUUGGAUCACGUCGACGAGAAAAAGUGGGAGUGCAAAAUUUGCUCCACGUGGUACAAUCGCGUCUGGAAGUUGAAGAUGCAUAAUAGGAAGAGCAAACGCCACCAACGCCGAGUGGCGGCUUUGGCGACGAAAAAGAGACGAACCGUGAAAACGAAUAAGACUAAAAAAUUUCCUGGAGCGCAUAAUAUCCUGCUGAGAAACGUGCCAGAGUCGGAGGAAGGAUUAGAUAUGGCGAAAUUGGCGAUGCAAAUUCUGAUUCCAUCCGUUCGAGUGAAUGUGUACAAUUUGAGAGUUGGCACGUUUCGGUAUGGGGGAAAAUUGAGGAGGUUGAGAUCACUCCGACCCCUCAGGGUUAUCCUGCCGAGUGUCUAUUAUAAAAAUAUAGCCAUAUCCAAUGCAAAGAAACUUAAGGAUGGGGAAAAUGGAUUGGGGAACAUUAUCGUCACCAAGGAUUUCAAGUGCAGAGAAGUUUUCGUCAAAAAGGACGGCUUGGAUUUUCGCGUGGUUCGAAAAUAGCAAAUUCAUUUAAAAAUGCACAAAUGCAUUUAAUUUAUAUUAGUUAGUGUUUGUUCUAUUUGCAUGCAUCAAUUAUGCCGCAUAAUUAUCACAGCAAACUUUCCAUGAUGUAGACCCGCAAUUACAUAUGAUACUUCACAUUUAAUAAUGUAUCAGAUUUAUGUAUUUAAUAACAAGUGUUUAUUUCAAUAUAGAUAGAUAAUUACUUACACAUUAGCUUAAUAACUAUUAAAUUUACUUAUCUACAAUAACUCACCACUUAAAUAAAAUAUUUAUAUUUUAA